GUUGAGGAAAUACAUUUUUCUAAUAUGUUGAGAAACAUAUUCAUCAUAUUAAGAUUUAUUUAAAUAAUAAAUUAGGAAGGAUUGAUAUGGAAAUACGGUCCAUAGAAAAUAUUUUGAUUGGAAAAUUCUCAAUUUUGUGAGAAACAAACAGAAUUACAGAAACCCCAAAUUCAAUCAAAAAUCCCCAACUGGAUAACUGGAAGCCGACCUCCGCUGUAACAAUGGCGUCCCCGAGGCCAUCGAUUGCCCUUUUUGUGUCCCUUUUCAGCUUAAUCUCCAUUGGGGUGCUCGGCGACAACAACAACCACGUGUACUCGCCGUGCGCCGACGCGUCCGUGCAGAGGUCCGACGGGUUCACCUUCGGGAUCGCGUUCGCAUCGAGGGCGUCAUUCUUCUUCAACAACUCCCAGCUUUCUCCCUGCGACCGCCGCCUCUCGCUCGUAUCCGCCAAUUCUCAGGUCGCCGUCUUCCGCCCUAAGGUCGACGAGAUCUCGCUCCUCACUAUCAACACCUCCAACUUUUUACCGGAUUCAUAUGGCGGUUAUAUGGUGGCAUUUGCUGGCCGAAGAUACGCUGCCCGGUCAUCUCCUGCAUUCGUUGCAAACAGUACAUUUAUAGUUACCAGUUUUACCCUGGUUCAUGAGUUUAGAAAGGGUAGACUUCAAAACUCAUUCUGGAAACGAGACGGCUGUGCUGCUUGCUCUGGCAGGUCGAAUUUCGUGUGCCUCAAUAAUCAAGACUGUGCCAUCCGAACUAGUAGCUGCAGGGGUCGAGGUGGGUCGGUAGAUUGCAGCCUCGGGAUACAGCUGGCGUUUUCAGGCACGGACAAACACGAAUCGGUUUUCAACUCGUGGUACGAGGUUAAGAACUUACGCCAGUAUUCUCUAUACGGCCUUUAUUCUAAUCUCCGGGACUCCCUCACUAGCCAAUACAACAGAUUCUUCUAAUUGGGAUCAUCUAUUCAUUUGGUAAUUCCUUGUUUCGAGUUUUAUCUUUGUCAAAGCUUUGCUUCGUGUGUUUGUGUGUGUAUUUCGCAGUUGUAUAAAGUUGAACAUGUACUCGUCUGCCUCAGUGUGCUGAGCUUUUUACGUACGAUGAUGUUCGAAACUUGAGUUUGGUUCGUUAUUCACUUCAUAUUUUUGCAUUGGUAAAAGAAUUUGUAAAUUUUAAAGUAUGAUUUAUGAAUAUUGGGAUGAGAUCCUAUGUUACAUGUUGUGAUUUUGUCUUAGAGUAUCUCCAGCCCUACUUUCUAUUUUUAGAGUUUUUACAGUAAAA